CUCGUUUAAUUACAAGUUACGUUAUUUAGAUAUGCAUCUGUUCGGUUAAUUUUUAUUUCAGAACAAUGGUACAGGCAAUUGAUGAAAUGGAACAAAGAGAUCUCCCACAAGCAUUUCGUCUGCUUGGGGAGAUGAAUGCCAAUGUCUUACAAGUCAAUCAACUUGUUGACAACAUGUUAGUUCGUGUUAAAAAUGGGGAAAUUUCUACAGACAAGGGUCUUAGUUUCCUAGAAAUGAAAUAUCAUAUGUUACUUUCUUAUCUGAUUAAUUUGACAUAUGUAGUUUUGAGAAAAUGUUCAGGAGAACGUAUAGAAGGAGAUCCAUCAAUUGAUCGCUUAAUUGAAAUCAGAACUGUCCUAGAAAAAAUCCGACCAAUAGAUCACAAACUUAAAUAUCAAAUAGAUAAGCUUGUUAAGACUGCUGUAACUGGUACUAUUAACAGUGAUGAUCCAACUAAUUUUAAAGCAAACCCAGAUGCGUUUGAUAGUAAUGAUGAAGAAUCUGAUAGUGAUCAGGAUGGUAAAGUAGAUGGUUUUAAAUCAACACAAGCAAGGAAAUCUAAUAUUUAUGUACCACCAAAACUUGCUGCGGUACAUUAUGAUGGAGAUGAGACAGUUGCAGAAAAAAUUCGUAAAGCAGGAGAAAGGGCUCGCAGGCGUGCAGUAUCAGGUGCUGUUUUAAGGGAAUUAAAGGAAGAAUACUUAGAUGCGCCUAUUGAAGAUACACAUGGUCUAGGCGAGAAACAGGCUAGUCUAGGUCGUGAAAAUAAACGGAAGAUAGAGUAUGAAGAAAAUUAUAUGACACGUUUGCCUGUUAACAAACAAGAAAAGCACAGACGUCGCCAAUUGACAACUCUUGGUACACUUGGAGAAGAAAUUACAACUUUUGGGGAAUCAUCUUCUGUAUCUGCUAAAAAGAGAAAAACCCAGAAAAAGGGCAAAGCUAAAAGAAGUUUCAAGAAAAAACGGCAUCAUUAA